UUUGGCAGUCGCUUCCGGUGACAGCUCGCCUCAUCAUGGUGUGCAUGUCGCGCGUGUGGCAGCGGGGCUCCCGGUUUGCCGCGCGGCUCCGGAACAGAGACUGGGCGUUCAGGUUAGCGGGCCUCUCUGUCAGGUACUACAGCACCAAAACAGCACCUCAUAUACCCGGCAUGGAGUACCAGGACGCCGUUUGCACGCUGAACACGCUGCAGACCAACGCCAGCGCUCUGGAGCAGGUUCGGCGAGAGCGGAGCCACCCUCAGCAGCAGCUCCACGCCAUGAGAGGGUUUCUGGAACGAGCCGGUCUCAAAGUGGAGGAGCUGGACCAUCUCAAUAUUAUUCACGUGACGGGAACAAAGGGCAAGGGCUCCACGUGUGCGUUCACCGAGCAGAUUUUAAGAAGUUACGGCUUCCGGACGGGAUUUUACAGUUCUCCACAUUUAGUCCAAGUCAGGGAGAGGAUCCGAAUCAACGGACGGCCGAUCGGAAAAGAGCUCUUCACCAAAUACUUCUGGCAGGUUUAUGGACGUUUGGAUGAAAGUAAGGAUGCUCACGGGGGGACGAUGCCCGCAUACUUUCGUUUCCUCACCAUUUUGGCCUUCCACGUGUUCCUACAGGAGAAGGUGGAUUUAGCUGUGAUUGAAGUUGGCAUUGGAGGAGCGUUUGACUGCACUAACAUAAUACGGAGGCCGUGGGUGUGUGGUAUCUCCUCUCUGGGUAUCGACCACACUCAGAUCCUCGGAGACACCAUCGAGAAGAUCGCCUGGCAGAAGGGAGGAAUCUUCAAGCCGGGGGUUCCUGCCUUCACGGUCAAACAGCCCGAAGACGCGAUGGUAGUCCUCAGGAACAGGGCCAAAGAGAUGAAAUGUCCUCUGUGGACGUGUCCGGAUCUGGAGGACUAUCAGGCAGACCUCCCUGAACCUCUGCGUCUGGGUCUGGCCGGGCAGCACCAGCGCUCCAACGCCUCCCUCGCCCUCCAGCUGAGUCACACCUGGCUGCAGAAAAGAUGUCUUGUCCUGAAAAAAGAGAACAAAAGCUUCCCUUCCUUCCCUGCGGAGAACACAGGAGGACUUCAGGUGACCCCCUUCAAGCCCAGCCCCAUCAUGGUGAAAGGGCUUGCAGACACGGAGUGGCCCGGACGGAAUCAGACUCUGAAACAUGGACCGGUCACCUACUUCCUGGAUGGCGCCCACACCAUGCGCAGUAUGCAGGCCUGUGUUCACUGGUUCAGAGACACUGCUGCCCAGCAUGAAAGGAACGCAAGUGGACCAGUGGUCAGAGUUUUGCUGUUUAACGCCACAGGAGAGAGAGACUCGGCAGCCAUGCUUAAACUACUGGUGCCGUGCCAUUUUGACUUUGCUGUUUUCUGUCCAAACAUCACUGAAGUCAUCACGUCUUGUAACGCAGACCAGCAGAACUUCAACGUCUCGGUGGAGAACAUGCUGACCCGCUGCUUGGACAACGAGAGGAGCUGGCGUCUCCACAAGAGCCUCGGGGAUCCCAGAGGUGCUCAGCUGCUCAUCGAGGACACCCUGUCCCUGGUCCCUGAGAGGAAAGCAGACACCCUGGUCUUCCCCUGCAUCCUCAGCGCCCUCCAGUGGAUCACCCAGGGCAGGGACUCAGUGCUGGCAGACCCAGCCAAGACGGUCCCGCCGGUCAAACCCAGCGUCAAGACCAAAGCUGCCCCGCUCUGUGACGCAGCGGAGAUCCACGUGCUCAUCACGGGGAGCCUCCACCUGGUGGGAGGGGCACUUAAACACCUCGACACGGCUUCCUCCAAGUAGAAGCAUCAAGAGAGGUUAGAAUGGAUCAAUAGACGGUUUAAAUACUGGGAGGAAGAAGAAGAAUGUCUGCCUGUUAAGAUGAGGUUGAGUUUUUAGAAAAGAGUGGGUUCAGCUGCUCAGAUGUACUUGUUGUCGUCUUGGUGGCCUUCCUUCAGGGGCCGCCCGGACCAAGGUAGCUUCACAACGGCGCUAACUUCACCCAGAGCCUUACAGACGACAGACGGCCAAUCUGUGGAGCUCGAGUCUUAAGUCUUAAACCUGAAGCCAAAAUACGUUUACAUGAGACGUGUGAAGUUUACUCACACCACAUCACAUCAGCCUCAAAAACCACAGAAUCACAGGAGCCAGAGCGUGCUGCAUGGAUCUCUUGGAGUUUGGAUUAAUUUAACUUUGUUUUUUUUAUAUCUGUUUGUAACACGUGUGCAAGUUCUGUCUUCAGCCCGCUCUAAACCCAACGUGUGCACUCGUUAAAGAGAGAGACGACCGGAGCGCUUCUCGUAUCCCUCAAACCAACGGGGAAUACUUAUGAACCUCGUCGCCAUGGUAACCAAACAAGGACACAACUUCAGUUACAGACUAACAUGUUUACAUCAGAGAAAAGUGGAGGAAAGCAUAAGACCAAAAAAACAUUGGUGUAAAUGAUCGAGGCACUCUGGAUGGUUUAAAAAAAAGAAAAAAGGCCUUUAACUUGAAGAGCUAGAAACAUUUAAAAUACACCAAGACGUAUCGCCUUCUUCAGGGUGCAGUGUCACGCCGAGACAAAGACAGUCAGUGUGUGCACCCUGAAGAAGGCCGAGUCGAUACCGAUGUUUGUUUGGCCUUAACUUUUCCUCCACUUUCCUUUGAUGUAAACAUCUUAAAUCUGUAACUUGAGUUGUUUCUUUGUUUGGUUACCAUGGAGACGUAAGGUUCAUCUUGACUCGUACAGCAUUACGUUUUUACAGACCAAAAUAGAGUCACAGAAAUGAUGUCACAUCUUGCAGCCAAUCAGUGAAAAGCUUAUUUUAAGUGUUUUCCUCUCGUGUCUCGACGUCUCUGAAAGAACUCACGGCAGGAAAUAACUUCUGCUGACAGUGACUAAAAUCUACAUACACCGGUGCAUCCAUAGUUUUAACAUUUCUCUUUUUUUGUGCAGAUUAAAUCCUCUCUGCUCAUUGAAAACAGAAAAGGGAUUACAUAUCAGCCAAUCAUACAUUUCUGAGGGAUUAAAUCCUUCCUGUAAAACGCCUUGAAGACGCCAAACAGCAAGUGAAACCGUCUGCUGCUCCUCAGAGUUAUCCCUCCUUACAAAGCGACCGCCGUCACCGCUUUACACCGACUGUACUCAGAGCUCGGUGUAAGAUUUAAGGUGUAACUCUCUCUCAGUUGGUGCAACACUUGAAAUGUUAGUUUGAAGUGGCACAGAGCGGCUGCAGACACGUGCUGAGCAUUUCCUUUCACAGCAUGUUUUUUUUAAAUGAAAGUCUUUUUGCACACGGUCUCCUUUUAUUUGUCCGAGAGGAACGACACACUGCUGACGAUGUGUAAAUAUUCAAACUCUAGUGUUGGAAUCAGUUAAAGCGAGUGUCAAUCAAACUCAGAUUAAUCAGGUGCACACUGGAAUUAAAUUAAUAUUUGGAUGGUCCGUUAUUUAAAUUCUGACAUCAAACUCUGUCCCUGUACGUUUCUAUGUUUGUGUGAUAUGUGACGGUGAACGAUGAUGGCGGUGUAUAAAAUACACUCUUCAUGUUGAUUCAUGCGAUGAUGUCAUCAGCUUCAGUGCUUUGGCCUCAUCCGUUCACCGUGUGACCUCCAAGUGAUUUAAAAUUGAACUUGAGGUCAUAAAAUUGUCCUGAGGAUGAAAUCUUAAAAUUCUGAGUCAAUAAAAAAAGAUGAUAUGGAA